AUGAGAGCCCUACUUCUAGUAGCUCUUUUGAUCAUGGAUUCAUGGAUGAACCCGGCCGCGGCCGACAUAGAUUGCAGCACGGUGGCUUCUCUUGCCUCAAGCUGUUCGGACUAUGUUAUGUAUGGAUCCCGGAAUGUGGCGGUCGACUCGCCCUGUUGCAAUGCCUUGGACAGCCUGCACAACAUAGCCAGUGAACCUGAAGACAGGAGGGAUGUUUGCAAGUGCCUGGUGGGCCUGAUGAGUAUGUACAGUCCGAACCUGACUGCCGUGGAUGGCCUUCCUUCUCUUUGUGAGAUUCCAUUUGGCAUUCCCCUCGAUCCCAGGGCAAAUUGUGACUUGUAA